AUGAAGUCCGAUGUACAAGAGUUCAAGAAGCUCUUGAAGAGCUCGGAUCGAGUCAUGGCCCUCUGCGGCGCAGGACUCUCUGUCGCAUCUGGGCUUCCCACCUUUCGAGGCGCUGGCGGCCUCUGGCGUGAAUUCGAUUCUACCGAUUUGGCAACACCAGAUGCAUUCGAGGACGAUCCCGCGCUGGUUUGGUUGUUCUACGCUUGGCGGCGGCACAUGGCCCUCAACGCACAGCCCAACGCCGGCCACUACGCGCUUGCCGAGCUGGCCAAGAAGAACAAGAACUUUCUCUGCCUGACGCAAAAUGUCGACGGCCUGUCCCCUCGCGCGGGUCACCCCCAAGAGGGCAUCCGCAUGCUCCACGGCAACCUAUUGGACGUCAAGUGCUGGGACGAGAAGUGCGGCUACAUUGAGCACAACGUGACGCGCGACCCACUAUGUCCCGCCCUCGCCCCGGCCGCUGUCGAUGCCGCGCCCGGUGAGAUUGCGCCGCUGCUAAACCCAGCUAUACCGACGCCCGAGAUCAAGGUCGAGGACCUGCCACACUGCCCGGCCUGCGAGCGGCGGGGCAAGAAGAACCUCUUGCGACCCGGCGUGGUCUGGUUCGGCGAGGCCCUGCCGGACGGCAUGCUCGAGGGCGUGGACAAUUGGCUCUACCGCGGCAAAGUCGACGUCAUGCUCGUCGUUGGCACCGCUGCCGCCGUGUACCCGGCAGCCGGCUACACCAGAAAAGCCAAGCGGCGCGGAGCCGUCGUCGCCGUCGUCAACCCGGACCCCACGUCGGCCGAGGGACUUGAUGAAAAUGACUUCUUCUUUCAGGGCGGAGCUGAUGAGUUCUUGCCCAAGCUCUUUGAAGAUGUGAUUGGCAAGCUUCCGGCAGGAGAGCAAAGAGCAGCCGCCUAG